AGAUAAGCGGCGGAAAACGCGAGGAAGCUCUCCCCUUUAUAACACACCCAAAAAAAAAACCUUUCACUUCUCAAUUUGAAUUCAAAAUCCAUUUCUCUUCCUAUCUACCAUCUGAAUCUCAGUCACUCAACACACACGAAUCCUAAAACCCUAAAAUCAUUUCUUCAAAUCUCACUCUCUGCUCUCUUCCCAAUCCCUAAUUUCGCUUGGGUGGACUAAUUCUGCGCGAUUGGGCAUCUGGGUUUUUCGAAAAUCGAUCUCUUUCUGGUGUGGAAAAUGGAUGAAAAGAGAGGGGUUUCAUCGGAACCGGCGUCGAUUUCUCCGCUGUCGGGAGAGAAGCGUAAGGGAAGUGGAUCAGAAGAUAAAGAUGAAUUAGUGUCCAAACGUGCCAAAGUGCGAGAUCUGGAUUCUGAUACUAAAAGCAGUAAUUUGCAAUCUGAUACCAAUACUGGAAUUUCUCAGCAACAAAAACUUACUAGUGUACAAGUGUCUCCUCCUGCUGCUGAAGGUUUGGGAAGGGCAGUGAGAAAAAAAGAUGUUUUGGCUAAAGAUGUGAAACCUUCCACAUUUGUUAAGACGAAGACAUGUUUGCCUAAGGCUUGUUCGGUUUCUAAAGAUGAUAAUAGAUCGGUUGCUAAUUCUGGAAAACAGCCUGAUAAGGAUGCUUCGGCUAAAGAUGAUAGUAAAUGUGAAGCUCUUUCAAAGAGUAGCAGCGUUUCGAAACCGAGGGAUGUUUCUGAGUCUGUUGCUGUUAGUCCACGAGAUCCGAGCGAAAAACCUGGUCCUUUUCAGGGUGCAGAGGGUUCACUGGAGAAGUCAGAUUCCAUGAGGCGGUGGAUGGAAAUGAAGCGAAACGGUUUUCUCUCAGGCCCUUUGGGUGGAGUCUCAGCACCACCGAGCUCUGCAGCAACUACUGCUCCUGUUGAAGUGCCUCCUGCACAAAAGCAGCAAAAGAAUAAGAGACGAAGCGAUUCUUUAAAGAAGAGAAACGAUGCUCCUAGGAAGGAACAACAGCAACAGCAGGUAGAUAGAUUCUCCAAUGUUACAGCGCCAAGUGGAUUGCUGACGGAGCUGAACCCGGGGAUCAUUAACCAUGUGAGGAGCAAGAAACAAGUCUGCUCUAUCAUCGAAGCGUUGAUUCGAAAUGCUACCGUGGGGGAAAGAAAUGAUGAUUUGAAUGUAAGAGGUUCAGUCAGAGAAGAUAAAGCAUUAGCCUUUAAGUUACCAUCUUCUGGGGCAUCUGCUCAGGCUAAUCCCUAUGCAAACCCGGAACAAGCCACGUGUCUAGCUGUUCAAGCUGCUACCGUAGCAUCUCAAUGGUUGGAUUUUCUUCACCAAGACCUCAGUGGAAGGCUUGCAGCUGUGCAGGAAAGUAAGAAGAGAGUUCAUAAUAUUUUGACGGCAGAGUUACCACUUCUCGUUUCAUCAAAAGAGUCUUCUUCUGUCCAGGAAAGUACCCCUCAUACUACUUCUGAUAAAACAGUAACAGAGACGCAUCAUAUUAAGUGGUCUGCAAAAUUUGAUCAGAUUAAGAAAGCUCUUUAUGAUGAAGAGAAAGAUCUGGAACGUUCGUUAAACCAAGUGAAGGAAAUGCAGUCACGAUGCAACGAAGGUCUACGACAAAUGGAUGAGUUCUCGCCUUUCAGUUCUCAGUCAUCGGAUUCAAGUAUUGGGAAAGAUGGUAGCAAUAUGGAGACUACGAGUAUGGCGGUUCAGGCGGCUGCAGCUUCUAUUUUUUCGACCUGCAGUUUUCUCCUGUCAAUGAUGAAGCCGCCGGCUACUAGUUCCUAAUCGGGAGACUAGUAUGACUCGACCACGGCUCUAAUCCCCACAGAGCAAUUGUCUUUUUAUGUCAGCACUUGUGUUGGUUAUCAUCUGUUCUGUAGUGUAAAUAACACGGGACUGAUAGCUGUUGUCAAUUCGUAUAUGUAACAUUAGAAGACAUCUGUUGUUAAUCAAUGCUAUAAAGUUGGCAUUUGCUUCAA